AUGAGCUCCUCCCAAGGCGCCAAGCUCGCUGAUCUUCAGCGUGACAUGAAGGAGCCCACCGACAAGACGACUCUCACCUCUGACUUUGGUGUCCCACAGACAAACAACGAUGACUGGCUCAAGGUGUACAGCGAGGACAAGCAGGGGCCCUUUUUGAUGGAAGACAAUUUCGGCCGUGAAAAGAUUCACCGCUUCGACCAUGAGCGCAUCCCCGAGCGGGUAGUUCAUGCCCGGGGUGCCGGCGCAUUCGGUCGAUUCACUCUGCACACCAGCAUUGAGGACCUCACUUACGCUCCCAUCCUCACGGACACAUCACGCGAGACCCCUGUCUUUGUGCGUUUCUCCACUGUCCUCGGCUCACGAGGCAGUGCCGACACCGUUCGUGAUGUCCGAGGCUUCGCAGUCAAGAUGUACACCCAAGAAGGCAACUGGGACAUCGUUGGGAACGACAUCCCCGUAUUUUUCAUCCAAGACGCAAUUAAAUUCCCUGAUAUGGUGCACGCGGCGAAGCCUGAGCCGCACAAUGAGGUGCCACAAGCACAAUCUGCACACAACAACUUCUGGGACUUCCAGUUCCUCCAUCCCGAAGCCACCCACAUGUUCAUGUGGGCCAUGUCUGACCGCGGUAUCCCGCGCUCUUUCCGCAUGAUGCAGGGGUUCGGAGUGAACACCUUCACACUGGUCAACUCCAAGAAGGAGCGCUCCUUUGUCAAGUUCCACUUCACCCCAGAGCUCGGCGUGCACUCGCUCGUCUGGGAUGAGGCCUUAAAACUUGCAGGCCAGGACCCUGACUUUCACCGCAAGGACCUCGAGGAGGCCAUCGAGAACGGAGCCUUCCCAAAGUGGAAGUUCGGAGUGCAAGUCAUCCCCGAGGCCAAGGAGCACGACUUUGACUUUGACAUACUCGACGCCACCAAGGUGUGGCCCGAGGACCUGGUCCCGGUCAAGUACAUCGGCGAGCUCGAGCUCAACCGCAUGCCCGACGAGUACUUCCCGCAGACGGAGCAGGUCGCCUUCUGCACCGCCCACGUGCCUCCCGGCAUCGGCUUCUCCGACGACCCCCUGCUGCAGGGCCGCAACUUCUCCUACUUCGACACCCAGCUGAGCCGCCUGGGCGUCAACUGGCAGGAGCUGCCCAUCAACCGGCCCGUCUGCCCCGUCAUGAACUUCAACCGCGACGGCGCCAUGCGCCACGCCAUCCACAAGGGCACGACCAACUACUGGCCCAACCGCUUCUCCAAGGUCCCGCCCGCGCCCGAGGACAGCAAGACGUCGUACGUCGACUACGAGGAGAAGGUCGCGGGCAUCAAGAAGCGCGCCCGCAGCGCCAAGUUCCGGGAGCACGUCGCGCAGGCGCAGCUCUUCUUCAACAGCCUCUCGCCCCAGGAGAGGUCGCACCUGACCAGCGCGCUGGCCUUUGAGCUCGACCACUGCGACGACGAGGUCGUCUACGAGCGCAUGGCGCAGCGCCUCGCCGAGAUCGACCUGGGCCUCGCGCAGAGCGUCGCCGAGAUGGUCGGCGCCACCGUGCCCGACAAGGCCGGGCGGCCGAACCACGGCCGCAGGGCGCCGAACCUGUCGCAGAUGGACCUGCUGCCGGCCAAGCCCACCAUCGCCACGCGCCGCGUCGCCAUCCUGAUCGCCGACGGCUUCGACUCAGUCUCGUACACCGCCGUCCGCGGCGCGAUCGGCGCGCUGCAGGGGACCCCGAUGGUCAUCGCGCCGAGGCGUUCGGCCAUCAAGCCCGCCGGCGGCGGCGCCAGCGUCAAGCCCGACCACCACCUCGAGGGCUUCCGUAGCACUAUGGUGGACGCUAUUUUCAUCCCCGGUGGCGAGCAGUCCAUCAAGGCGCUAAGCAGCAACGGCCGCGCCUUGCACUGGGUGCGCGAGGCCUUUGGGCACCUCAAGGCCAUCGGCGCGACGGGUGAGGCGGUCUCGUUUGUGCGUACGGCCGUCUCGCUGCCCGCGGUCGAGGUCUCGAGCUCCGAGGAGGCGGUUGAGUCGUACGGCGUGGUGACACUCGGCAAUCCCAACACGGACAGCUUGUCAAAGGUGGUGGAUAUUGUCAAGAACGGCAAGAAAUUUACGGAUAAGUUCUUCCACGCGAUCGCGAUGCAUAGGAACUGGGAUCGCGAGCUGCAGGGGUUGAGCACGCAGGUUGCUUACUAA